AUGACUGGCCGUUUCCUCGCCCUUCUGGGCCUCCUGUCGCUCACUGCGGCUCAAGAUCUCAGCACGAGCAAAAUCACCCUUUCCAACACCAACGAUGUCACUUUCCUCUCCGGAACCAAGACAGUCCCUGUCACCCAGGCUAGAACCCCGACGGGACCAUACGCGACCUACACAUCCAAAAUCACCCUCACGGGGGAGAGGCUCACCACGGUGACCGGCUCUGUAACCUUCACGGGAAAUGUCACUGAGACGACCACGAAUGCCGAGGGACGGUCUAUCGUCAUCAUCUCGGGUGAGUCCUCGGUCAUGACAGCAACGGUCACCGGCAACGCGACAGAGACCUCAUCCACGGCCCCCACGGCGACCAACACCACACCCUGCAACAACUACGUCGAGUUCUGCGAAAGGAAAUACAGCAACGUCACAGAGGUCGGCUGCCACAACUCACCUUUUGUUCGCCCCGGCAACUCUGCUUCCAACCAAGCACUCGAUGUUACCACCCAGCUCAAUGACGGCGUGCGCUUCCUGCAAGCCCAGAUUCAGUGGCCCACGAAUGGCACAGAACCGCACUUUUGCCAUUCCUCGUGCGACAUUCUCGAUGUCGGCCCCAUCACCGACUGGCUCACCAAAGUCCGCGAGUGGGUUGACACUCACCCGUACGACGUUGUCACGAUCCUCCUUGGAAAUGGUAACUAUUCGACGCCCGACUUAUACGCCCCUUUCAUCGAGUCCACCGGCAUUCUGAAAUACACCUACGAGGCGCCCUUCCUCCCCAUGGCUCUCGACGACUGGCCGACUCUUGGUGAAAUGAUCCUCAGCGGCAAGCGCGUAGUCAUGUUCCUGGACUACGUCGCCGACCAGCAGAAGUACCCAUGGCUCCUCGACGAAUUCUCCCAGAUGUGGGAGACCCCGUUCGACCCCAUGGACCGCUCCUUCCCCUGCGUCGUCCAGCGCCCUCCGAACCUGUCCGAGCAGGACGCUCGCAACCGCCUCUACCUCAUGAACCACAACCUAAACGCCGAAUACAACAUCUUCGGCGCCUCCAUCCUCGUUCCCGCCGUUUCCCUGCUCAACGAGACCAACAACGCCACGGGCAACGGAUCGCUCGGCUUCGGGGCUGAGCAGUGCACCGGCGACUGGGGCCGCCCGCCCAAGAUCCUCAACGUCGACUACUACAACUACGGCGACCCGCCCGGCUCCGUCUUCCAGGUCCAGGCAAAGAUGAACAACGUUACGUACAACCGCGAGUGCUGCGGUAAGAUGACCGGUGCCUCGCCCGGCAGGCCAGCUGUCUCGGGCUUGGUCCUGGCCAUGGCUUUUGCCUGCGCGUUGUUGAUGGUGUAG